ACAGAGAGAAAGUGUGGAUGUCCUGAAGCUGCUUCUUAGUUCAGAUCCGGGUCUGAGAGGACCGAGAACCAGGAGGCUGAAAUUACUGACAUGAUUAGUUUCACUACAGACGCUCACAGUUAUGACCAAGUAUUCUGUCUGAGUUAUAGGAGUAAUACAGGGAACAGGAGCUACUAUAGGGGCAGCUGUAGGAUGUUUUUACGUCAGUCUGAAGUCACGUGAUUUAACAGAAAUACAGAAAUGAAGCUCCACCUCCAGUCAGCGCUGCGUCACGUCUUUCUAUCGGCGACUUUAUUCUCUGCUUCUUGACUUCGCUGCACAUCACGGCUUAAUUUUCAGUAAACGUCUGUAUACUGUUGAAACUUAAAACUUUCUUUGAUAUUUUUCCCAGUCCAGGUGCUGAUCACGAGAAGAAGAAGACGAUCAAAUGUCUGCUUGAACAUCUGCGUCAUUCUCUCUGAUCGUCUGUUUCCUGGUCUGUUCCUCUGAAGUUCCCGGUCAAAGUGUUCAUGAGAGGAAAAAGAAAAAGAAGAAGAAGACGAAGGUCAAAUGGCAGCAGGAACACGGGUGUUCUGCUUUCUGAUCAUCUGUUCUCUGGUCUGCUCCUCUAGAGCUCAGACAAACAUCACAGCUGAACUUGGACAGGAUGUCAAUCUAACAUGUAAAGUUCCCAACAAGUACAGCAUCACCAUCAUUGCUGUACAGUGGAUCAGACUUGAUCAGGAUCCAGAAUAUGUUCUUCUGUACCGAGAUGGACACUUAGAUCCAGAAUACCAGCAUCCAUCUUAUCAGAACCGGGUGGAUCUGCAGAAUAAAGAGGUGAAGGACGGAGAUGCUUCUCUGAUUCUGAAGAAAGUGAAGAUGGAGGACACUGGAACAUACGAGUGUCGUGUUUCUGAGAAAGGAAAGAAAGAUCCUAUCAGCAUCACCUACCUGGUAGUUGUUGAACCAGGAAACAAGAAUGCAUUCAUUGGCGAUGGAGGAGAAAAGGAUGGAGGAGAAAAGGAUAUAAACACCAGAGAUGGAGGAAACAAGACGGGAAUCAUUGCAGGAUCCGUAGUGGGUGUGAUACUUCUUGCUGUGGCUGCUGCUGGUUUUCUGAUCUAUAGACAACACAUGGGGCAGAAUCCAAACCUCCCAGUUCCUCCUGAUGAAGCAGCACCUAUAGAGAUGUUACCAGUUCCUGAACAGCAUCAGAAACAACCAGAGCUUGUGUAACUUUGAUGGAAGCAGCAGCAGCAGAACAAAGAGAAUCCAGGUGUGGACCAACCAUGUGGUCUCCUUUAACUGCCACCUUAUAGUGGUGGAGGGUUUGUGAGCUCAGAGGAUGCUGGGAGCUCUGCUGUCUGGAGUUCAGCUCCUGCUAGGGUUUCUAUUGGCAGACUGGUCCCAGAUGAUGAGCCAGACUAAGGGCAGUUUUUAAAAUAGUUGAGGUUUCCUCCCUGGAACGUUUUAAUGGUCGUGUAGAAUAUUUUCAGUGGUCAGUUAACAGACUUUUAGAAACAGAUCCUGAACUUUCUGAACCCUGAGCAGGAAGGUGAGUUUGAAAUGCAUGCUGUCUUUCAAAUGAAUCAUCAUAAUUACUCCAUUUAUAAGAACCUAAAACUGUCAAAACAGAAAUAAUCACCUGAGUUUUAACUUUACAAUGGUCCUUGAACUACUCACCCAUCAGGAUAGGUCACCAAAUCUGACAUAAACAUUCAGAUAUUUCAUGAAAACAGGUUAGAUGAGUAACUAACAUAAAGGAUGACAAUAACUAAUAUGAAUAACAAUGAGAUAAAUAAUACAGACUCAACUGUAAUAACAGUGAUAUGAAAACUACUCAGAGUUUAGAUCUAGAUUGAUCCUGUGGAUUGUUGCUGCUGCUGCUGGUCUUCAUCAACUUUUCUGUUGCUUUGUCUGGAAAUAAAUGUGUUCCAAAGCUCUGCAUGUUAGAACCUGAUGAAAUGUUGUGGAUGUAAAGUGUUCUGUCAGAUGAGAUCAGAAGCAGAUAGAAAAGUUCUGAUUGUCCAGAAUGAAGCAGAACUGAUGAACAACUUCAGACUGAACUGGUUUGAAUGUUUUAUCUGCUAGCAGCUCUGAUGAUGCUCUGAACUUUUAACAUGGUAAAGGUGCAGAUAAUAGAAUAUAUUUUUAAUACUUUUUUAACUGCUCUGAGUUUGUGACUUUUAUCUUCAUCCUAUAUUAUAUCUUGUUCUGUUAAUCUGUACAAAAACUUUGCACUCAGUUGCAGAAUGUAAACUGAUGAUCAGAUUCUUCAUAAAGUUCUUGUUUUAAUGUGUGUUUUAAUGUUUUAUCUGUUAGUAGCUCUGCUGAUGGUCUUACCUUUUAAUGUGGUAAAGGUUCAGAUAAUAUUAUAUAUUUUAGAUAUUAUUGAUAUUUUUGAUACUGAUAAGUGGUCUGUAAGUUUGAUCUCCAUCCUAUAUCAUGUUUUGUUGUUAAUCUGCAGAUAAAUGUAGUAAAAUAACAUUGUUAGUUCCUGAACUGUAGUGAAGGUUGAACAGAAUAAACAGAACUUCUACUGAUAGAAUGAACUGAGUUACUUCACAGAAAUGACUGUUUAUCCUGCAACACAGUGGAAAUAAGGACCUUUCCUGCUGCUUUUUGCACUCUGGCAUUGAUUCUAAGCUGUUUGUCUUUGUUCUUUUACAAUGAAAAUAAAGUUGAAUCUAAUCAGUGAUCUGUGGUUCAUUAUAAUUUCUAUGUAGAGUUUUAAACCUGGUUUCUUCUCUGCAGAAGUGAUAAUAAAGGUUGUUUCUCCAGA